CUGCUGCUGGACCGGAGCUCCCACAACCAGCCGCCGGCUGCUCCUCCGCGCUGAGGGAAGACUCUGGUGCAGCCCAGGAGCCUCCCGUCGUCUGCUCACGGUUACCGACAUGGCCUCCGACGGCAUGGACGAGCGAUCUCCGCUGCUGUCGGGCCCCAACUCGGAGAAUGUGACCCCCACGGCUCCCCCGUACCUGCAGGAUUCAAGUCCCCGAGCCGAACUACCUCCUCCUUACACAGCCAUCGCCAGCCCCGAUGCCGGCGGUGUGCCUGUCAUCAACUGCCGUGUCUGCCAGUCGCUCAUCCACCUGGAUGGAAAGCUGCAUCAGCACGUGGUCAAGUGCACGGUCUGCAAUGAAGCUACACCAAUCAAGAAUCCCCCAACGGGAAAGAAGUAUGUGAGGUGUCCCUGUAACUGCCUGCUCAUCUGUAAAGACACAUCCAGGAGGAUAGGAUGUCCUCGACCAAACUGCAGACGCAUAAUCAACCUGAGCCCGGUGAUGAUCCCCGAGGAGCAAACCGCCCAGCCGGCUCUGCCCAUCCAACCGGAGGGGAUGAGAGUGGUCUGCGGUCACUGUGGCAACACCUUCCUAGGCAGUGAGGACGCCAGAUCAUCCCAACCAAUGUCUGGUCUCCCCAGUGAUGGCUCUCCCCCAGCACAACAACAGUGGAUGGAGCUUCGAUUUAACACGCUAGCCAAGUGUCCCCACUGCAAAAAAAUAUCCUCUGUCGGCAGUGCUCUCCCCAGGAGGCGCUGCUGUGCUUACAUAACCAUCGGAAUGAUCUGCAUUUUCAUUGGAGUGGGUUUAACAGUUGGUACUCGGGACUUUGCCAGUCGCUACAACGCCACCUAUGUGUCCUGGGCGUUCGCCUACCUGCUGGGCCUCAUCUGUCUGAUACGAGCCUGCUACUGGGGGGCCAUCAAAGUCAGCUACCCGGAGAACAGCUUCGCCUAGAGCGGGGAAUGUCUCGGCAAAGCCCCCGCACGGCUGGAAGAACAAACUCCUCCACUUUUAGUUUUUUUUUUUUUUCUUCCUCAUCGUGUUCAGAUUUCAAACCGGUCAUGUUCAGCGAAGUGGAACGUCCGCAGAGUGUCUGGGCGGGAGCGUGUUGGAAGAGGCGUCGCGUUUGUUUGAAGAAGCGUAUGCAGGAGCUGUAUCAUGUCGUGUUUGUUGUCUGCACUGUUUUCGACUCGCUGAACACACCUAACUGCCUGUCAAUCAACCCUGCGCUGGUCCACUGAGACUCGAAUCCUGCCCAUUUGUGUUUUGCCAAAAUCCUUGAAAAAAAAAAAAAUAGAAUCAAGAACUUGAAAAAAUGAAAACUGUGAUUUUUCUUGAUUUAGUUGGCUCACACGCUGAUUAAAUAAAUGAUAGCUUAGCAAACUGGCUGGAUUUGGUAUUUUUGGAUCAGUUUUUCUGAUUUUCAGCAGCUUGACUGACAUCACGGCACCCACUUGAUUUCUCUUGUUACCGACCAGACCAAAAUAAGACGACCUCCUAUGAACAGUUUGCCCAUUGCACUACGAUUAUAUGCAAUUGUACGUGUUGUUUUGCUGCUAGUUAAACUCCAGCUACACAAAGCUGCAUAUUCAUACUGUAUUGUAACCAUUUACCUUGCCUGUGUACACUGACAUAGUAUUGCUAUAUGAUUUUAACUCUCGAAAUGAUCAACUUUUAAAAGAAAUCGUCCUUAAAUGCCCAUGCGUGCCAACUUUGCUGCCCAGUUUUAGUCAAGAAGAGCCUCAGAUCCACAGAAGCUUGUGUUUUUUUGUUUUGUUUCAAUCAUCAUGGCGUUAGUUUCCUUUGUGCCAUGCAGCUUUUAACUCACUACAGCAAUAACCCCUUUGGAGUCAUUUUGAACCUUCAUCCAUCCCUGCUCUCCUCACUGUUCUUCAAAAUGAUCCAAAAAACAAAACAAAACGCGGUGACUCCCGUUUGCAUGUUGACUUGUUUCUGUUUCUGUCACUGAGGUGGUGUUUUUGUUUUUUUUUUGUUUCUGUUUCAGAGAGAUAGCUGAAGGGUACGAUGUUUCCCGUCUUUGCUCCUUCUGCCUGUUGAACUAGAAUGUAAACCCUCCUCUCCUUCGCUUAUAUCGCUGCUCUCUGACCUCCAGUGAACUCCGUGCUAGCUAGCAUCGCUAUACGCUGACUCAGCAUCCUGUCUCUUGACCUUGACCAGUGGGCACAGCUCAAACUUCUAACCUUGUUUUGAAUGUGAUGAUGAUGAUGAUGUUGAUGAUGAUGAUGAUGAUGAUGAUGAAGCAGAAAAUAAUAUGGUUAAAAAAAAAAAACAACAAAAAAAACUUUGUACAUAGUUCAAAUUCAGUACUUGGAAAGGUAAUUAGUGUGAGGUGGAAGGAAAAGAUGGCUCGUGGGUCUUUUUAAAAAUGAUAAUUUAUCAAUAAAAUGCAAAAACUGCC